CCUCCACCGCGCCGUCCCAACAGACCCUCCCCCUCCCCGCCUUGCCUCGACAGGUUUCCAUGUAACGCCUGUAACGUAGCUUCGUAUGAUCGAGGUGACAGCGAGACACGUUGGGAGAGAUUUCGAAAGAUGAUGAAAGAGGAAAAAUUGUCAGGAACGAAUUAAAUGUUGACAGAGGCUGUAGAGUGAGGCUGGGGAGUGAGAGCCUUGGCCCAAGGCGCCGAUUAAAGGUGGUGGUCGUUAAGAGUAUUUAUAAGGCGAUAUGAUCUCUCGGGUCCAGUGUCGUCUGUUUCAUGCAGCAACAGAACUGCUGAAAAAGACUCCAGCUGAGCAGAGGUGGUUGUCAAGACAGCUGCAGGAUCCAUUUGUGAAAUCUGCUCAGCAACAAAACUAUCGCUGCCGGAGUGCAUUUAAGCUGCUGGAGAUCGAUGAGAAGCAUGGUAUCUUGCAGCCUGGGAUCAGUGUGCUUGACUGUGGUGCAGCACCAGGUGCUUGGAGUCAGGUUGCAGUUAACAGGGUCAAUGCCACUGGUUCUGAUCUGAAGGCUCCGGUGGGUUCAGUUGUGGGAGUUGACCUUUUGCACAUCCCCUUGCUGGAGGGCGCAGUAUUCCUGUCUCAUUGUGACCUCCUGGAGCCUAAAGUUCAAGCCAGAAUACAGGAGUCACUGCCGGGGGGAGAGGCUCAGGUUAUCCUCAGCGAUGUGGCACCAAACGCAAGUGGCAUCCGUGAGCUGGACCAGCAGCAAUUUGUUGAACUGUUCCUUUGUAUCCUCGACCUGGCUGGAAGGGUACUGAGUCCCAGUGGUACCUUACUUUGUAAAUUCUGGGAUGGAUCAAACACAUACCUCCUCCAAAAGCGACUUGCCAAACUGUUUGGAGAGGUGAAGAUUUUAAAACCAUCUGCAAGCAGAAAGGAUUCGUCAGAGAUCUACUUUUUAGCAAAAAAAUUCAGAAGAACUUGAUGCUGCCAAUUGGCAAAGGAUGAUAAUGUACAAGGAACUUUUGAUUGCAAUGUAACUAUUUGUAGGAUUUAUUACCUAUUUAUAAUUUCUCUGUAUCUUUGUGCCAGCAUUUGUACCCAGGCAGAUGGUCAGUAUCCAUUUCUUGACCACAAUUGGCAGUAAUCUGUUCUGAGGUUGUGUGCAAGAAUCUAUGAUGUUUUGUUUUAUCAAGAAUAAAAAUUGGUGUUUAGUAA